CAUCCCCCGUAAAGACAUCGUAAAUGUAGCCGACGUAUGAGGGUGGAUUACUCGUGAGUUUCAGCCGAUUAGAGUGUGACCUUUGAGGCGAAGAAGGCAAAACAUUUCCUCGCGUGUUCGGUAAUAUUCUCAUAAUCACAAGUACGAUUGUCUUCGAGUUUAAAAUACUUGUUUUACACAUCACUACAAAGCGGUUGGCACACGAGACAAUUAACUCAGGCACGAAACAGCACGAAACAUGGGACGUGAGAACUGUGUUGUUCUAGUGUUGGUCUACGUGUAUUUGGAAUUAGGUGCACUUGUGAGUGGAGCAAUUAUGUAUCCAUCCGUACACUGGAGUUCCCAAAACCCUCGAUUUAAAGAAGGAACUUUUCGUUUAAAUGUUCUACCACUGUCAAAAAUUAACAUCAUCUGCCCACACAUGGCGACAUCUCUGUUGAAAACAGAUGACUCAAACAGUAAUUCACGUUAUGAAAAUUUUUGGAUAGUUGAUAAUUCAAGUUACCACUCUUGUAAUGUCAACACAAGCAUAGCAGACAACAAGAUUCUCUUUGAGUGCAACAAGCCAUUACAGUUAAAUUUUGAGCAGCUUGUAUUCCAGUCACAUGGUAUGGCUGUAGCAUUUAAAAAAGGAAAGACUUACUAUUUUAUAUCCACAUCAACUGGGUCCUUAAACUCACUUGUUAAUACAAAAGAUGGACACUGUCAGACAGAUAACAUGAAAAUGCAAAUAUACAUUUGUAAUGGAACCCAGGAUGUGCAUUGUUCCAGUGUCAAACCCACAACACCGCCAGCCAUGCUAGGUGUAGAUGUCAUGAUAAUAAAGAUUACAUCAAAGCCAAGUACAACGAGAAUGGAGACUACACAGCUAUCAUCUUCACAACGGCCAUCACUUGCAAAACUGACCAGCACACAGACCCCAAGGGAACCUGAAGUAGUAGGUUAUUUAGAAAAGGAAAAAGAAGCUGCUGUAACAAGUGUUACUGUUUGGAUAGUGAUUGUGGUAAUGUUGGGAGCAAUACUGGCUGUCUCAGUUGGAAUUAACUUCCAUUUUUGGAGGAAGCAAAAGCAAUUUGGAUCUAAAAAGCCUACUUGUGAAAGAGGAAAUAGCUUGAGUCCUCCGUUAAUGGAUCAUGUGUGAGACAGUACCAAAAUUUAGGUCGCUCACAACAUUUUCCACAUUUUUCAGCAUUUCUUCUUUGAUGGAUCAAUUCACCUUCUUGUAUUAAUAAAUUUACUGAUGCUCCAAUAAUGGUAUCAAAGAAAUGCCUAGUCAUUGAUGAACAAAUUUUGGCCUUUUUCUUGAUGCACAAUAUUACCACAGCAACAGUGUAUUCCAUUAAAAUCACCUUUAAUUUAGCUUUGUGGGCUUAUAAGUCAAAAACGAGUCCAAUGAUCCCAUUAAUUGCAAGUAGCAUAUUUAAAUGCAACUUUUGCCAAGUUUAAAAAAGAACAUUGUGGGAGUAGAUUCAGACCUACCUUAAAUUUUUGAAAAUGCUGCUAAAUCCUCUCCCACAAUUUUUGUUUUCUUUUAAUUUUGGUAGCAAGUAAAAUCUUGCUUGACAUGCUAAUUACUAUUUGAUGUUAAAAAAUUGUGGUUACCAGACUCGUUUUUGAAUUAUAACCCAUAAUAUUAAAAUUAAGGGUGUUUUCAUUGACUUAUACUGUUGCUACAGCAUCUUGUUAAGUCAAGAAAAUAACUAUGCCUUGCCCACCAAUGGUUGGGUAUUUGUUUGGUGCCAUUACUAAGGUGUCAACAGGAAAUUAGCGGCAGUAGUAAUCCAUGAAAGUAGAAAUGCUGUGACAGACUGGAAAUUGUUGUGAGCCACCUGAUCCUUUAAAGAGUGUAAUUUCUAUGUUAGGUGUAAAGUAAAGGACUGGCAUGCUAAAAAAUGAUAAAGGACACCAAGGAUACAACAUCAAAUUAAAGACAGCUUUUAGGAUGGUAUAUUUUAUGCAAAUAAAAGAAUGUAAUUAGAUUGUGUUCUUAUCCCAUUUCCUGAAUUGCUUUGGUAGCUUUUUGACAAUUAGCAUUUAAUUAAUGGUAGGCAUAUUAAAUAUUUUAAAUUUAAAUUUUGAAUUUGAAUUUCAGCGCGUGCAGUCCACGCACAAUAGUAUUUACAAUUUGCAGUUGAGUAUAUCUUUUAGAAUAAGCAUGAUAGCAGAUAAUAUUAUAAAGAAAAAUAACUCAGGUUGUACUGAGAAAUAACAAAUCAAAUAUUUCGUAGACAACAACAACAAUCUUUAUUUGUACUCUUUCCUUGCCUACAAUUUACAUACACUGCCUUAUAGUUACAGGAAGUGACCUUAGGGUACUGGCUGCCUGGAAUAACCAUAAGGGCUAGCAGAGCUAGGCAGCUGGUUGAUAUUAUUACAAGUCGGCAAGACAGCAUCAACUCACACAUAAAAAAAAAGCAAAUAGAAACACACAAAGACAGAGAAAGUGAUUCUUGGACCAGUGCCAU